UGAUGAGGUAAAAAGUAGGAACGCCACGUACUGCGUGCAGCUGUCGCAAAGGCAUAACUUAAGGUUUCCAUGUUCAUUUGAAGUAGUUGGGGGUUAGUGUUUCACCCUAGCUUCGUUGCUUUGCCUCCUCAAACAUGGAGAAGAAAGAGGAGAUAAUACUUCCAUUGCCAUCCGAGACCCAUCUCAAGGACCUUCCCAAUGUUUCCUCCACCUCAAGGCCUGUUGGGUCCCACAAAGGGCACUGUUCUCCGGGUGAUGACUCCGACAGCUUCUAUGAUAAACUCGUUGAGUUGUUGGAGUCUUCUGGACUCACUCUCAUUUUCAAUGUUCGAGAAACAUUGCUGGACUUGUACCUGUUUUACUUGGAGGUGACAAGAAGAGGAGGAUAUCAACAGGUUGGUCGAGAAAGGAAGUGGGGUGAAGUUGUGAUUGCCCUGAAAUUGGAAGGGAAUAGUGUGAAGUUAUCUGCUCAAGUUGAAAGGCUUUACUCACAUCUUCUCUACCAGUUUGAGCAAUUGUACUUCUACAGGCGUCCUGAAAAGCUAGCUUUCCGAUCUGCCAGCAACAAAGAAGGUCCGCUUAGGAAGAAGAGGAUUUCAACAGUGAGUUUGGCUCCUAAGAUGGAUAGUAAAGAUGAUCAGAAGGCCACAGAAAUGUCCAAGCAAUACUCUUGCCACAUGACAGCUGGGGCUGGGUAUGUGCAACAGCCUGUGCUUUUACCAACACCUCCGAAAGAAAAGAAGAAACGCCGAGGUGCCCCGGUGGGACGAAAGACUGCAUAUCAGAUAUUCCUCAAGCAUGAAUGUGCUCGGUUGAAAACUUGCAAUGAGGUCUUGGAUGGAAAAAUACUGAGUAUGGCUAUUCAUUCAUGGAGGACCAUGUCUGAAACUGAGAAACAGCCAUAUGUGGAGGAAAGCAAGAAGAACAAAGAACAAAUUAAGGAAGCAAUGGUUAGACGCAAUAAACAGCAGAGCAGCCAAGAGACCAGGGAAGAGAAGUGGUCUAGUAUUUGUGGUGAUUACCAUGUAACACUGCAACCUGAAGCAGAUGUAGCUCUUAAAAUGACUGAAAAAGCACCAAUGGAUCCUCCAUUUCAGAUGGAUUGGGAUGGAAAUUGUUCACUUGAUUUUGCAACAAGGGAAUCCGAGUAACUCCACUAGUUGUAGACGGGUUUUUUCUGCUCUGAGACCAUAUCUGAGCAUUCAGCAGUUCUCUGUUUACAGUGGCUCGAUCCUUGCUGCUAUGUAUAUAUAUAUCCAUGGUUUUGGAACAGCUUAAAUGGGCCUGUAAUAGUUGCGUCAUAGCAUUUUCUCUUGACACUAGGAAAGUAUGUAGAUAUAUGUAGCAAAGUCUUGUAUGGUAACGCAAACUUGUGUGGUGUAACUCCUAUUCCAGACUGCGUUUUCCUUGGGACUUAACAUUUGCAAUGAAGCUUUAAUU